UCCGCACGGACAAGUUUGCCCGCUGCUCACGGAAGUAGCCCACUCCCUCCUGCAAUGUUUUGAUGCUUGGGACAUAAUCGGGAUAUAAUGGCUCUGUCGGUUAGUUUAGGAGCGUUUUUACAGUCGGAAAUAAUAGAAGAGCCACUACACAAAGAUGAAGGCGUUUGUGUUUUGGGAAUAUUCGGGAAAAGUGCAAUGCAACCUGGUUCAGCCAAAGAAUCACUCAUCAACACCCUAGCUGACAAGCACAUUUUCUCUCUCUUUGGACCAGGUGACGAGGACGAUCUGGAAAACGGAGCAGUGAUUCAGGUGUAUUACAAUCAAGAAAGCCGUGUACUUUACCUUGUGCUAACUUCAGUGUUUGAUAAUAGGCAACUUCUCAAAGCAUGCGAAUCAUUGUCUGCUGGUGUAGGUCAUGCCGAGGCGCACGAGUUUUGGAAGGGAGCUGAGAAGCAACAUUGCAUGCAACUGUUAUACCUCUUUUCUAUGUGCCAUGUUCUUCUAUUGGUACAUCCAACCAGCUCUUUUGACGUGACUUAUGACCGAUUGUUUCGGGCUUUGGACGCACUUCGUCAGAAGGUGUUGCCUCUGCUUCGUGCGACUUUGAAAGACACCCCCGUUUCGAAAGAAUGGAAAAUGAACUGUCGCCCCUGUCCCCCUCGUCUGUUGUUUGUGUUCCAAAUGAACGCUUCACUCAGAGUCGGCGGUUCUGGAGGUGGUGGGAACGGUGGUGACGGUGGAGGAAACUCGGACAAGCCUAAAAAACAUUCCCCGCGAAGACGUCUGCAACACGCGCUUGAGGACCAAAUUUAUAGAAUUUUCCGCAAAAGUCGCGUCCUCACCAACCAAAGCAGUAACUGUCUGUUUACCGUACCCGCUAACCAGGCGUUUGUCUACGUGGUCCCCGGCCCAGACGAAGAUCCAAUAGGCGCAAUUCUUGCACAGCUACGCUCCAAUUGCGCCUUGCGGGAAAACGACACAAACGCGCCAGCUCCAGGUCCGAGGCGCUACAACCAGAUGCGCUACAACUCAUCUAGACAGCCCUCGUUUAAUGUGGAAAACAGCCUCUCAUCCGGGGGUCAGCUGGUGGACUGCACUUUGAAGGAGUUUUUAUGGCAGCAUGUCGAACUGGUGUUGACCAAGAAGGGCUUUGACGACAGCGUAGGCCGCAAUCCGCAGCCCUCGCACUUCGAGCUGCCCACGUACUCCCGAUGGGUCCAAGUGGCUUACAGGCUCCACCAGGUCAUGGUCAACAGCACGGACGAGGAGAUGUCCGAGAUCGCCAUCAAGGUCCAGGCACAGCUGAAGGUUCUGGAAGGUUUCCUGGACGCCGACGCCAAGUUCUCGGAGAACCGUUGCCAGAAAGCCCUCCCGCUGGCCCACAGCGCUUACCAGUCCAACCUGCCCCACAACUACACCACCACGGUGCACAAGAACCAGCUGGCCCAGGCCCUGCGGGUGUACAGCCAGCACGCUCGCGGAAUCGCCUUCCAACGCUACGCCUUGCAGCUCCACGAGGACUGCUACAAGUUCUGGAGCAACGGGCACCAGCUGUGUGAAGAGAGAAGCCUGACUGAUCAGCACUGUGUGCACAAGUUCCAUCUUUUGCCUAAGACAGGAGAAAAGCCUGAGUUGGACCACAACCCGCCAAUCAUGUUACACAACAGCAGAGGGCGCUCUACCAGCUCCUGUAACUGUGGCAGGAAGCAGGCCCAGCGAGAAGACCCCUUCGACAUCCAGGCAGCCAACUACGACUUCUAUCAGAUGCUGGAGGAGAAAUGCUGCGGCAAGCUGGAGCGAAUCCAGUUCCCGGUCUUCCAGGCCAGCACCCCCGACCCGGCACCGGCACCGGCACCACCCCCACCCCCCCAGGCCUCCGACGACUCCGCCAGCAGCCGCCGCACCCCAGACCAGGCCUCCUCCACCACCUCCACAGGCGGUGACGUCGUGGAACACCUGAAGGAGAAAGAAGGAGGCGUAUCCCACACACCCGGCGACAGCACCGGUCUGAGCUUGGCGCUCAGCCUGGGCCAGUCCAUGGACAGCCUGGGGCCGUACGGGGAUGGCGGAGGUGGUGGUGGUGGUGCUGGGGGCGGAGGUGGUGCUGGUGGUGGUGGAGGAGAGGGUCAGGAGAAGAGGCCCAGCCUGGUGGACCGGCAGCACUCGACGGUGGAGUACCUUCCAGGCAUGAUGCACUCGGGAUGCCCCAAGGGCCUGCUGCCCAAGUUCUCCAGCUGGUCCCUGCUGAAGCUGGGCCCCGCCAAGACCUACAACCCCCACACGGGGCUGGAGCAACCAGGCUUCCUGCCCGGCUCCAACUUCCUGCUGCCCUGGGACGUGGUGAUCCGGUGUCGGUCUGAGGAAGAGGUUGUGGUGGGGGCUGGUGGCGGCGGGGGCAGUGGUGGUGGUGGUGUUGGCGGCGGUGGUGGUGGGGUGACGGAUCCCCUCGACGGAGGUUCCUCGUCCUCGUGGCCGGCUCCUAACAAGGCGUUGGCGGGGAAACGCGGCGGGGCCGGGUACCUGUGGCGGGGACGACGGCGGGACGACGUGGCUCGGGCGUUUGUGGGGUUCGAGUACGAGGAUAGCCGAGGGCGCCGGUUCCUGAGCUCGGCGCCAGACAAGGUGGUGAAGGUGCUGGGGCCCGGCGGGGCCAAGGAGUCCGCCACCAGGGCGCUGAACUCGGACAUGCCCCUCUACAUCCCCUCGCCCACGCAGGGCCGGGGGGUCAAGCCACACUACGCCCAGCUGGCCAGGCUCUUCAUCGUGGUGCCCGACGCCCCUCUGGAGCUCAUACUCAGCCCACAGGUGCAGCCGGGUCCGCCGCCGUGCCCCACGUUCCACCCGGAGCAGCCGGAGGUGGUGUUGCCUCCGGACAGCAUGUGGGUGCUGCGGCUGCCCUACGCCUACGUGAGCGACCGCGGGCCCUGCUACCCGCCCAAGGAGAGCCAGCCGCUGGCCAGCUACAGGGUGCUCAGGGGCAUCCUGAGGCCCAGCACCGCUAGUCCUCCACUACAGUGAGGGGGCCGGGGACAAGAACACGCACGCACGCACGCGCACACACACACACACACACACACACACACACACACACACACACACACACACACACACACACACACACACACACACACACACACACACACACACCUCCAGCUCAUUGUUGCAUUGAGAAUUUGAGACACACACACACACACACACACACACACACACACACACACACACACACACACACACACACACACACACACACACACACACACACACACUCCUCAGCCACAGUGAGGUCUUGGGGAGUAGGGAACCUAAUGCCUAAAGGAAGAGAUGCUGCUGCUAGGAGAUCAUUGUAAGC